GAAGUCUCAAAAUGCAUAAAAUGAUUCAUACUGGAGAGAAACCAUUCGAAUGUCAUGAAUGUGGGAAAACUUUCAGAAAUGGGGGUCACCUGAGUGUACAUAAAAGAAUUCAUACUGGAGAGAAACCAUUUGUAUGUAAUGAAUGUGGAAAAGCCUUCAGAGAUAGUGGAGGUCUUAGUGCUCAUCAGGAAAAACAUGGAGAGAAACGGUAUACAUGCACUGACUGUGGCAAAACCUUCAGAAAUAAGGGAUAUUUUCGUGUACAUCAGAAAACUCAUACACAGGAGAGACACUAUAAUUGUAAUGAAUGUGGAAAACACUUCAAUCUAAGGGGAUCCUUUAUCAUUCAUCAGAGAGUCCACACUGGAGAGAAGCCCUAUAAAUGUAACAUAUGUGGGAAAGCAUUCAGUUACAAUACAUCCUACAGUAAACAUCUGAGAACUCAUACAGGAGAGAAGCCCUAUAAAUGUAAUGAAUGUGGAAAAGCUUUUACUCAGAGGGACUACCUCAUUGAACACGAGAGAAUUCAUACUGGAGAGAAACCCUUCAAAUGUAAUGAAUGUGGAAGGGCUUUCAGGCAGAAGCAAACUUACAAUGCACAUAAGAAAAUUCAUACUAGAGAAAAACCCUUUAAAUAUAAUUAAUGUGGGAAAGCUUUCAACUAGAGGGAACAUGGUAUAGAAAUUCAGUGAUUUUUAUACCAGUGAGAAUCCCCAUAAAUAUAAUAAAUUUAAGAAAGUAACCAUCCUAAAACCGUAGGGAAAGCUAAUAAUUCAGGAAGUGCACACUUCAGAAAAGCCCUAUGAACAUAAUGAACAUGGGCCAAAUUUUAGGUGUGUGUUUCAUUUGUCAGAUAAUUCAUGCAGGUUAACUGUGGCUUUAAUAACAUGGGGAAUACUUCAUAUAUAUAGUCUUGUCACCUCAAGAAUCAAAAUGUUUUGUCCCAAUGUACAAUAUUUGGGCAUUACAAUCAUUUGAAUGACUAUAAUAAAAAAUAAAACUUGCAUGUCCCUUUCUGCUAGAAUGCACAUUUUUAACUGGUGUUACCUAGCAGUUAAAUUACAUAAGAGCAGGUUUUGAAAAAAAAACAUACCACAAGAGUUCCAGACCAGAAUUUUAGAGAAUCCACCAAAACAUUAGCAAAAAGGAGAAACUUUGGUAGUUUAGAGCAAAGAAAUAAAACAUGACAGAUAAAUGACGUAAGAUGACUUUUCUGCCCAUAGCAGGAGAAUACAUAAUGAUGAGAGUACCUGUCUUCCUGUUUGUCUUAUGUAUAAAUUGAUCAGUCUCAGGCUCAAAUGGGUCCACUUUUCGUGUGCUUUGUUGCUCUGGCCAGUAGCCUGAAAAGAGUCCUUGAAUGUUAAAACUGGAAAAUAACUUGAAGAUCUCCUGGUUUAACUACCUCUGUGCUUAAAGAUGGGACAUGGAGAAUAAGAAGAGGUAUUUUGAUUCUUCCUCCUGCUGCAAGGGAGAGUGAAAUUUCCAGCAAAUGCAAGUGAGACUUACUGGUGGUGAGUGGCUGGCUGUCAGUAUUUGACUCCAGCAACCCCCACUUCUUUCCCUGCAUGUGCACAUGUCAGCCUCACUUUUGAUAUGUUUGGAACAAUGUACAAAUUUCUGGGAAAGGUGAGAUUUGACAGAAGAAAAUUUAGGUACAAUUUCUUUGUGUAUUUGUGUAAUUUGUUUUUGUGUUUUGUGCCAUAUUCUCUUGAUACUAGCAAGGGAUCAGAAGACACCUAGAUGAGAUGAGAUGAUGAGAACCAAAUGAGCCAAAGUGUCACAUUCCCAGGGUAAACCUUGAGGUGAGACAUUACACAAACAUUCCUUAUUUCGGGCAUGACUUCUAAUCAGGGUCUUGGGUCAGAACUUUGACCUGCUAGAUGAUUUCACAAUUCAAAUAAAAGCAUCCCAUUAACUUGAUCAGGGUAAAGAUUCUGUGGGUUUGCCAUUGCUUUGUUCAGUUAAUUUAGAUCCUUUCAGAAAAUCCCACGUGGGAACCCUCACCAAAUAUGUCAUUAAAUAACCUUUCAAGAUCACAGUCCAUAGAAGACAGUGAAGCCAUGUGUUCCAUCAUAAAUAUAUACCACUGUAUGCUCUGGGAUAUCCUGAGCUGAAGUAGAAAGCUCCACUUUAGAUUAAAUACCAAAAUGAUGUGAAUAUCACUGGGUUAGCUCACUUGUCAGAGGAAAGGAGCCCUGGGUCAUUUACUCUGCCCUUUUACACAGUAGGUAGCAGCCUGUACUCAUUGUCAAUGUGUAUCCAUUCACAUUCACUAAAGACUAUUCACUAAAUAUUACUGAACAAUACCUGGCUAUCUCCCAGGCAGCCCAUCAGGGUCAUCAAAGUGGGAGAAGAGGUUAAGGCUCAGUACCCUAGCCAAUCUAUGUAAUCUAGCUAAUUCUCCCUUUCAGUCUAGCCAGUUAAGACUCUUCAUCUCCAGCCCCUUCCUCCAUUCCAAAUCACAUUUGUUAACCAGACAAUUUGGGGGGGAUGUAAAAAGUGAAGAGCUGUCUCCACGCAGUACUAGUAGCAUCAGUCUAUUUGAUGGACUAGGAAACCAAAGAGUAUGCUUUCAGGUGUUUGGGUGAUGGUCUGUGGGAUACUGAGGUUGACUAAAAGUUUCAGUCGAUUAGUUGUAGGGCUUUGCCAUUUCCACAAUGAGUUGAAUUUGGGCCUACUGCUACGAAUCAUUGGCAUCAUGCCUUCUCUCACAGCUAUGACUAAUUUAGUUCAAGCUCAUGUCACCUCUUAUCUAGAUUAUUACAGUAACAUCCUAAUCAGUCUUGCUACCUGAAGGCUGUCUACAUUCUAUUCUGGCCUCCACACAGUUACCAAAAUUAUUUUCCUUAAACACCAAUCUGUUACUCUUCUCAAAUUCCACUGACUGCCAGUUGCCUUGGAUAAAAUAAACUCUAGCUUUAAAAACUUUUUACAACCUGUCUUUCUAGCCUUGCUCUCCCAUUAUCUGCAAUCCAGGCAGAUUGGCCUUUCUGUUCUUGUGACAUAAUACUCCAUCUUGUAUUUAUUUAUUUAUAGGUAUUCUCUUUAUAUUUGUUCUGUAUAUAUUUAUAUAUGUACUUGUCUUAUUAGAAUAUGACCUCUUUAAGAGUGGACAUUGCUUCAUGAUUUUGUAUUUCUUUGUAUUCCUGCCUAAAACAGUGCCUGGCAUGUG